GGAGCCGAGCGGAGCCGAGGCCGCCCAGCCGGGGCCCCGCCCGCCGCGCGUCCCCUUCCGCCCGUCGGCCCGUCCUGGACCCAGCGCCCUCGGCCUCCCUCAGGGGCCGCACCGAGGCCGGAACCAGCGCCGCGGGCUGCCGGGGCCGCCCGGGAGAUGAAAUGACAACUUCAACUCUCCAGAAGGCCAUUGAUCUGGUGACGAAGGCGACGGAGGAGGACAAAGCCAAGAACUAUGAGGAGGCAUUGCGGCUCUACCAACAUGCCGUGGAGUAUUUCCUACAUGCAAUCAAAUAUGAGGCACACAGUGACAAAGCCAAGGAGAGCAUCCGGGGCAAGUGUAUGCAGUACCUGGACCGAGCUGAGAAGCUGAAGGAUUACUUACGGAAUAAAGACAAGCAAAGCAAAAAGCCCGUAAAAGAAGCUCCAAAUGACAGCAAGGGAAGUGACAGUGACAGUGAAGGAGAGAAUCCUGAGAAAAAGAAACUGCAAGAACAGCUGAUGGGUGCCAUUGUCAUGGAGAAGCCCAACAUUCGGUGGAGUGAUGUGGCUGGCCUGGAGGGAGCCAAGGAAGCGCUCAAAGAAGCUGUCAUCUUGCCAAUUAAGUUCCCGCACUUAUUCACAGGCAAGCGCACCCCCUGGAGAGGGAUCCUGCUCUUCGGACCUCCUGGCACAGGGAAAUCUUACCUGGCAAAGGCUGUGGCCACAGAAGCCAACAACUCCACCUUCUUCUCUGUGUCCUCCUCAGAUCUGAUGUCCAAAUGGCUGGGGGAGAGCGAGAAGCUUGUCAAAAACCUCUUUGAGCUGGCCAGGCAGCACAAACCCUCCAUCAUCUUCAUCGAUGAGGUCGACUCCCUCUGCGGAUCUCGGAAUGAAAAUGAGAGCGAGGCUGCUCGUAGGAUCAAGACGGAGUUCCUGGUGCAGAUGCAGGGGGUCGGCAACAACAAUGACGGCACCUUGGUCCUGGGGGCCACAAACAUCCCGUGGGUGUUGGAUUCAGCCAUUCGAAGGAGGUUUGAAAAACGCAUUUACAUCCCCCUGCCUGAGGAAGCGGCCCGGACCCAGAUGUUCCGGCUGCAUCUCGGGAACACCCCCCACAGCCUCACGGAGGCCAACAUCCUCGAGCUAGCCCGGAAGACCGACGGCUACUCGGGAGCCGACAUCAGCAUCAUCGUGCGGGAUUCUCUCAUGCAGCCUGUGCGCAAAGUGCAGUCGGCAACACACUUCAAAAAGGUUCGGGGCCCUUCUCGCACCAACCCUGGAGUCAUGAUAGAUGACCUUCUGACCCCCUGCUCUCCAGGAGACCCUGGAGCCAUUGAGAUGACUUGGAUGGAUGUACCCAGUGACAAGCUGUUGGAGCCUGUAGUAUGCAUGUCCGACAUGCUUCGGUCUCUGGCCACCACCCGACCCACCGUCAAUGCAGAAGAUCUUCUGAAAGUGAAGAAAUUCUCAGAGGACUUUGGACAGGAAGCCGUGUCCUAGUUCUUGAGAAAAGGCCAUCUGAAGCCCUUUGGCUCUUCGUCCUAAAUAUUUCCUAAGAUCGUCAGGAAUCUUGCCGGUGUCACUUUGAGGCUAGGUAUACACGGACUUGUUUCUUCUGUGCAGGAGGAGGAUAUGACUUCUGCAAAUGAAAAGCUAUUCCAGUCAAAAGAAAUUAGGUCUGUAGUGAAGACUGUUGGCCCAUUUUUCACAGCUGCCUUUUCCUCUUUCUGCCUGUGGGAGCAGAACAGUGUUGCUACACUUAAGAGUCCCUCUCUUGGAAAUGGCCUAAUAAACCUUUUUCCCCUCCUGAGCCACCUGAGUGAUCUCAUGUCUCUAGCGUUUCCUGAAAGCUACUGCUAAGCUCUCCUUUACAUCCAGCAAAUAAACUGUUGAGUAAUUGAUUUUCUACCUAACAAACAGAUGGUAAGGGUGGGAAUCAUUGGGGUCGGUAUUAGGAGGCUCAUUCUAGCCUCUACCCUCCAGGAAGAAUCCUUCUAAAGCAUCCAUUAUUCUCAAAUCUGGUUUUUUAGGUUGUUUUUUGUUUGGGUAUUCUUGGACUGAGGUGCCUCUAGCCAGAAGAUUCCGGGAGCAUGCCAUCUGGCAUUAAUGUGGUUUUGGUUUUUAUUUACAGGGAAUAUCUAUGCUGUCUUAGAAGGUAAGGUGUCUUUUUCCAGGCCCUUGACAUUAUAUAAAGGGAUUUUACGAUACCUUUAAAAUCUGAAUAAUGGGAAGAAGAGAUUGGCACAAAUUUUAAUCCUUUAAUGGCUAUAUCUUUUUUGGAUUAAAGAACCAAUUUAAACUUGUGUGUUUCCACUGGACAAAACAAGAUGGUGGGUAAGACAGAAUUAAGAUUU